GCCCCGGGGGGACGCGGGGAGGSACCCUCAGGCACCGCAGUCUCCCCGCCGGCGGGCCGGGCUCCAGAGCGGCUGGAAACGGCGGGAAGGUGGGAAACUGCCGGCUCCCGGAGAGCCCCGCCUGACCCGGGGGGAGAGGAACGGGGAGCCCACCCUCGCCCCUUUCUGUGAGGGAAUCUGGGCGCUAACUUGUGUUCUGAGUCUUACACAGUCCUGUUACAAGUGAUUUCUGUGAACAUCCAUAAAAGGAUUUGAAARCUACAUACUAGAGAAAUUUGUGUAGUUUUUAUUACACAGAGAAAUGCUGAAAUUUCAAGAAAUUGCUAAGCAUGCCACUGUUGUCAGAUUUAAUUCUGCUUGCUCAGAUGCUGUGAUUGCAAGAAGAUACACUAUUCAGAAGAAACUUGGCAAUGGAAGCUUUGGAAGUGUGUAUUUGGUUACUGACAGAAAAGCAAAACAAGGAGAGAAAUUAAAGGUCCUAAAGGAAAUCUCUGUUGGAAACCUAAAGCCUAAUGAAACAGUUGAAGCAAGUCUGGAAGCACAACUACUCUCCAAAUUAGACCAUCCAGCCAUUGUCAAAUUUUAUGCAAGCUUUGUGGAGCAAGAUAGUUUCUGCAUUAUCACUGAAUAUUGUGAGGGUGGAGAUCUAGACUUUAAAAUUCAAGAGUACAGAGAUUCUGGGAAGAUAUUCACUCAAAGUCAAGUAAUAGACUGGUUUAUACAGUUGUUACUUGGAGUCAACUAUAUGCAUGAAAGAUGGAUACUUCACAGGGAUUUGAAAGCCAAGAAUAUAUUUUUGAAAGAUAAUCUUCUUAAAAUUGGAGACUUUGGAGUUUCUUGUCUUUUGAUGGGUUCAUGUGAUCUUGCAACUACUUUUACUGGGACACCAUAUUACAUGAGUCCAGAAGUACUGAAGCACCAGGGAUAUAACACAAAAUCUGACAUUUGGUGA